AUGGCACCCAUCCGCGUCGGCAUCAUCGGACUCUCGUCCAGCGCGACGACGGCCUGGGCAAGCCGCGCUCACCUCCCCUACCUCCUCUCCGCCCGCGGCCGCUCAAAAUACACAAUCACGGCCCUCUGUAACUCGAGCGUCGAGGCAGCCCGCCGCGCCGUCGCGGCCUACGAACUCCCCUCCGAGACCAAGGCUUACGGCAGCCCGUCCGACCUCGCCGCAGACCCGGACGUUGACCUCGUCGUCGUCUCGACGCGCGUCGACCAGCACUACGACACGGCGCUGCCCAGCGUGAAAGCCGGGAAGCACGUCUACGUUGAGUGGCCGCUCGCGCAGGAUGUCGAACACGCGCAGAAGCUGGCGGACGCGGCGAGGGAGGCCGGCGGCCGGACGGCGGUUGGGGUGCAGGGGCGGUUCGCGCCGGCGUUGCUGAAGGUCCGGGAGCUCUUGGAGGAAGGGCGGAUCGGGAAAGUCCUGAGCAGCGAGAUCAAGGCGUCCGGUGGCUCGAUUGACCGGGAGAUUCUGCCGGUCGGGCUGAGGUACUUCGCCCAGCGGGAGAUCGGGGGCAACAUCGUCACCAUCGGGUUCGGACACCUGUUCGAUCAGAUCCAGCACGUCCUGGGCGAGGCGGUCAUCCGGCACAGCCACGCGCAGAUCCAGCGGCCCAACAUCCGAAUCCGCGACCCUUCGACCAAGCAGAUCGUCGAGACGAUCCCGAACGACGUCCCGGACCUCAUCGUCGCGACGACGACCCUCCCGCCAUCGGACCUCAUCGCGACGGACGCCACGCUCCUCGCGCGCUUCCGGCGCGGGCAGCCCUUCCCUGGCGACCCGCAGCUCGCGUGGACGGUCCACGGCGAGAGGGGCGAGAUCCGCCUCGUGUCCCAGGACAGCGCGGCGCUGCAGGCGUUCGCGGACGGCGACGCGGUCCGGAUCGAGGUGCACGACUUCGAGAGCGACGUGGUCGAGAGGGUGGCAUGGGCGUGGGCGGACUGGCAGGGCGGGCUGCCCGUGCCGGCGAGGUGUAUCGGGGCCGUGUACGAGGCCUUCGCCGAGGGCGAGGGCGCGGCCGGCGUGGCGAGUUUCGAGGAUGCCGUGAGGAGGCACGAGCAGAUUGCCGGGUUCUUUUCGGGCUCUAGUUGA